AUGGCGAAGGGUCACAAACGAACGAUUCCCCGUUUGAGCAUUUUGGCCGACGUUCUGCAGAGCUACACCAAAAUCCGCAAAGCGGUCCAAGCAGCCCGGGCAGCGAAGCAAAGAUGGGAACAACUUGAAGAAACAUUGCUGAACAUCUGCACUGGGCAAGACACUGUGGUGAUGGGAGAGAUCUGCACGCGGUUGCAGCAAAAGAAGCGCGUCCAGCAACCGUGGGCGAACGUUUCGAAGAAGGAUGACAAGCUCUUCAAGCUGCUGUCCUCUUCCGCCAAGAUCAAGAAUAAGUCUGAUUCCGAUGGUGUGAGCAACUUCAUUCGUGAAUCUUUCCGGUGCCGGGCAAUCUGUGUAACAUCAUCGCGUUUCCGGACCAAAGGCAACUUGCCUACGGGCCCCGUGCCCCGCAAGACGCUGCCAUACAGAGUCUACGGGUACAGCAGUGGACAAGUGUGUCUGGCCAAACAUAAGCGGUGGUGCUCGGAGUACCGAGCUUGGAAAGCAUUGCCGAAAUUGACCCCGUACAAACGAAGGUUGACAGACCGCAUGCUGCAGGAACGCUGUUCAGUCGGGGCCUUCGUGCGGCUGCAAAUCCUCACGGAUGUCUGCCAUCGACUCGGGUGCGCGUGGGUAGAUCUUCCCACAAGCAGCCUGGGCACUGGUGUCCACUUUGGAGGCGGCGUAAUGGGGACGGAUGAGAUCGCCAAGGUCCGGAACAUUUUGAAAGGGCGGAGGCAAUUCCGGAGAUUGUGGGGAAGCUCGAUAUCAUUGCCCGAAGUCGGGCAUUUGAUUUGCGAAGCUCGCCAGCACGUAUGGAAGAACAAGCGGAAGGCGAGCAUGAUGGAAUUCGUGGACGAGUUUAACCUACAAUCGACGACUCCCAAAAAGCACAGGUUUCACCGGUUGUCACGCAAGCGUGGCUUCUGCAGCAUCAUCGCGAAGUAUGCGUGCCAAAAGUGA